AUGAAAAUGACACGACGCGAAGCAGUCGCGACCGGCCACGCCGCUGUCGCCACCGACCUGCUACGAACCGGCGCCGACGUCAACGCCCUGGACGAGAUGGACCACCCGAUGCUGGCCGUGGCAGCGCUGCAUGGCCACGGCGGUCGUUGA